AUGGCGACCGAGUUGUUCAACGUGGUGAACAGCAGCAUGCCUGCUGCUGGUGAGAUGACGCCCGAGGAGCUCUCCAGCACGGUGUCCAUCAUCGACAUCGUGCUCAGCACCGCGAUGAGCGGCCAGGUCGAGGCUGCGAAGGCGACGACGCUGAUCGACGCCAGCGUCGCGCUGCAGGCCAGCAGCCUCAUCUCCGCCGUUGCCAUCGCGGCUUUGUCGCUCGAGGGCGGCAUCUCCCUCGGGGAUGCAUCGGCUCUGGUGGGCUCCGUCGCCAACCUGCUCGCGAACGGCACUUCGGACCCUACUGCGGACAGUUCGGGCCAGGACGCGGACGCGGCGCUGCAGCAGGAGCUCAUGGAAUCUCUGGUAGAGUCUAUCGACCGGAUCGGCGACGCUGUGACAGAUACCAUGCAGGUGGGUGAAGAGCCUGUCACCAUCAGCUUUGGUGGAAUAACACUGACGUCAGCGAAAGCAACCGCCGAUGCCAUGGCGGACGGACUCACCGUAGGCGGGUUCGAUUUCCCUAGCGGCUUCGACCUGUCGGAAGAGGCUCGUAGGCUCUCUGCGAGCUGCAACACGGAUGUGUUCGGCCUCCAGCACACCAGGUGGCUUAGGAACCCGUUUGCCUGGGCGGGGACUCAUGUCUACGGCAACAUGACCACUAGCGAACAGAACGACGUGGCGACGGUUGCAGGCGACGCGGAUCCCGCGGGCAUCUAUGACGAAACGUGGAGGGUCGAGUCGGACGCUGUGCAGUCGAUGAAUAUCCGUGCCUGUGGGGUGACGCAGGAGGUUGACGGUCUGGUCGAACCCAUCCGGUUCUUUCUCAGCGCCCCGCUCGAGUUCAACGCAACGGAUGAGCGGCGCGGGGUCCGGAGGUGCAUGUAUUUCGAUAUGACUGCGAGCCCGGCUAGGUGGUCCAGCGAGGGCGUCCGGGUAGUGAACGAGAGUGACGACGGCAUUUGGUGCGAGACGACACACUUAUCCUCCUUUACGGCGGUGCACGGUUCGUUCAGCUUCAGCAUAUUCGUCGACAUCCUCUGUCCGAAUACGAACGUCAUCUCCGCGGAGGGCUUCGGCAAUGUCUUGAAGGGCACUUGGUGGUUCGAACCCGCCGCUAUCAUGCUCUGGAUCUUGAUUAUCCUGCACGCGACUCUGGUCGUCAAGGCCGUCCGAGCUCACAGUAAGAAUGAGAAGAUUGCGACGUUGAACAACCAGCUGAGCGACGAUUUCGAUAGCCACAUGGGCCACAUCCUAAAGACUGUAAAGGGUUGCAUAACGUGCAGAUGCGAGCAUCUCUUCUUGCCAGAGACCUGGGCAAUCUUCCUGGCAAAAGUCCUAAAAGAGUACAUCGACCCCGAGGACUUCGAAGAUGAAGAGUUCCUGGGUGUUACCCGAAGGCUGGCCGCCUCCAAGCUGUGGACCAUGCGGAGCACUGGCCAGCGGCGGUACGUUGAAAAGUCCAGCAGCGGCCACAACAGACCGAACGAGUGGCGGACGGCGGAGGCCACGCUCGCUCGCAAGUGGGGCCUCACCGACGAGCAGGGCGUGAGAAGGUAUACGCAGUUCGAGAUGUACUUUUGGGUGACUCAUCCUGUCUUGAAGCUCGCGCUGCCGAGCAAAAGGAACCCGAUGCGGAAGAGGAUGUCCAAGCUUCUCGUCACCGUCUUCGGCUCCCUGGCGGCCUCUGCGCUCUUCUACGCCUCCGGCGCCACCCCCCACGACUCCAACCCCUACUGCCGGGCUGGGCUCCCCUGGGCGUCGUGGCGCCAUCUGGUGAGAGCGGCGCUCGUGGCGUUUGCGAGCACCUGGCUCGUCGCAGGGCUGGCCCGCGUGCUUAUGGCAAUGUCGAAGAGCAGCGGUCGAGUCACGCGUUCUCUCGGGGCUACCCUCGUGAGCGUGUACAUGUUAGUGAGUAUAGGUUACUGCAUCCUGUUUACAGCGAACGUGUCGAUCGAAGACAGCUGUGCUUGGCUUGUCAGCGCCAUGUUCAGGGGGUCGGGGGAUUCCUGA